UCAAUUAUAAUUCGUGGAACAUUGAAUAAUAUCGCUGAACGAAAUAAUUAUAUACCGGCAUAUAUUAAUUUCUCUGCUCAAACAACAAGUAAUCGUAUUCAAGAAAUUAUUGAAAGUAAAUUAGAAAAGAAAAAAAAAUAUUUAAUUGGUGCACCACAAAAUAAACAAAUUAUAUUAUUUAUUGAUGAUUUAAAUAUGCCAAAACAAGAUCAAUAUGGUAGUCAACCACCUAUUGAAUUAUUAAGACAAUAUCAAGAUUUUCAUGGUUUCUAUGAUAGAGAUAAAUUAGAAUGGAUUAAUAUUCAAAAUAUGAUAUUAUGUUCAGCAUGUGGACCACCAGGUGGUGGAAGAAAUUCAAUCACUUCAAGAUUGAUAAGACAUUUUGCAUUAUUUGUUAUACCUUCACCAUCAGAAAUAAGUUUAAAACAAAUAUUUUCUUCAAUUAUAAAU